UCAAAAUCUUGACAAAAUACCUACGUACCUACAAAAAUUUACUUGAAUAGGAUUUUUGGAAGAUAACAUUUCCCAAAAAUCCAUGCAAUACAAAGUAUUCGGUUUUUAAAAUUGAAGGUCGAAAAUCUUUAGAAUCACUUUCAAAUCUUUAAUUAAACUUAUCUGUAAAAUUACUCACAGAAACAGUAUAUUUAUCAUCAAUGUAGUUGACGGUCUUAGCCAAAAUAAUGAGUGAUGAAAAGAAAUAUGGAAAUGGAGAAACAGACAGCAAUCAAAGUACACAGUCGCAGAUUGACCUAUUCAACCUCAUUGCUGGAAGUUGGCCACCAGCCCCUCGUGAGCCCGAGCGCCCCGAGUAUGGAUCAGUGCCCAGGAGCCCCAGGCGAACUAUGCAGCGCUCACCGCAGAAUGAGCGAGUGAAAUCUCUAAACCUUAUCGCACACCUAGCGCCGGAGCGACGUCGCAGAACAACACAUACAGCCCCACAACAAACCCCUGCAGAAGAAACAAGACCAAAGAGCAAAAUGGUCCAAGAACCCAAGAAAGUGGAAACGGGCAUCCUAGUUGAUGUUUGCGGCGGUGAUGCUCCCGAAGAGGUUUACGAUUCGCCAGCACUUGGCUCCCCGCGGCCGGUAGCAUCUUCCAGGGCUUCGCCACUUCAACUGCAAGAAGAUAUCGGAGUCGGAUCGCUAGUUGAAGUGGCCACGGAUGUUGAUCAACAUUACUAUGGUGUUGUACGAUGGAUUGGGAUGAUUGAUGAGACAAUGACCGCCGGCGUGGAACUCGAGCAGAGCGUAUGCGGCUUAGGCGACGGCACGCGUGGAGAUUCGCGCGUAUUUUCUUGCACACCGGGGCGUGCUCUAUUCGUGCCGCUUCCUCUGUGUCGCCGCGACGCCAGGUUCCGCGACACUCCGCCGCCGGACCGGGCUGAUCUCCACGAUGACGAUGAUGACCAACAGCCGGAGUGCCCAGUGGUGGCGGGCGUGGUGCCGCCGCUGAGUUCGCUGGGCUCUCUGGCCGGCAAGAACCGCGGCAUCCAAGGCCACCACAACUCCUGCUACCUCGACGCCACGCUCUUUGCCAUGUUCACCUUUACCAGCGUGUUCGAUGCUCUGCUGUAUAGACCGCCGGAGCCGGAGGACUCGCCUCACUACGCGGAAGUGCAACGCGUCCUCCGCGAGGAGGUGGUGAACCCUUUACGCAAGCACGGCUACGUGCGCGCCGACCGCGUGAUGAAGCUGCGCACGCUGCUGGAGCGGCUCUCCUCCGUGCCCGGCCUCACUUCCGAGGAGAAGGAUCCAGAAGAGUUUUUAAACGGAUUAGUUGCACAAUUAUUAAGAGCAGAGCCCUUUCUGAAGCUGUCGUCGGGGCAGGAGUCAUUUUGUUACCAGCUUUUCGUAGAGAAGGAUGAACAAGUCUCACUGCCAAGUGUUCAACAACUGUUGGAACAAUCGUUCGCCACUUCUGGAGUCAAGCUUAGUGAAGUUCCGGCAGCUUUCAUAAUACAAAUGCCGAGGUUUGGCAAGCAGUAUAAACUAUAUCAGCGAGUGCUGCCUUCGCCUUUGUUAGACGUCACAGAUCUUAUCGAAGGAUUGCCGCGGCAGUGCACGGUGUGCGGCUCGCUGGCGCGCUGGGAGUGCGGCGCGUGCGCGCGCGGCGCCGCGCUCGAGGCGGGCGCGCUCUGCUCCGCCUGUCUGCGCCUCACGCACGCCUCCAGGCACAACCACAAGGCGACCCCACUGACCGUGAGCGACGAGUCGGCAAACAUGUUGGAAUCAUGUCCUGUGCCUCGCGUGUACAUGGAACUAUUCGCAGUGCUGUGCAUCGAAACCAGCCACUAUGUGGCCUUCGUCAAGGCUGGCGUGGGCCACGACGCGCCCUGGUGCUUCUUCGACUCCAUGGCUGAUAGGAAAGGCGAGCGCCACGGCUACAACAUCCCGGAGAUCGUGUCGAUCUCGUCGCUGAGCUCGUGGCUGUCGCUGGAGGCGGGCGAGCGCGCGGCCGCCGCGCCGCCGCCGCACGCGCGCCGCCUGCUCGCCGACGCCUACAUGUGCUUCUACCGCAGCCCCGACGUGGCCAUGUACCGGUAGCCACCAGUGUUCACAGUUAAAUGGCUUAUUAUUUUACUUUAUGCGUUUACUAAAAAUAGAACUAUGACAUAUGUACGUACAGGUUGUCUGGUAAAUCGCGUUACAUGUUUAAAAAGGCCACUCAGUGAUUCUCGUUCCAAAUAAUAAGGAAAAUAUAUACAUACCUACAUAUAAUCACGUCCAUAUCCCUUGCGGGGUAGAGCCAACAAUCAAAAAAGACUAAUAAGCCACGUUUAGCUGUUUGGCUUAAUGAUAGAAUUGAGAUUCAAAUAGUGACAGGUUGCUAGUCUGUCGCCUAAAAGAAGAAUCCCAAGUUUAUAAGCCUAUCCCUUAGUCGCCUUUUACGACAUCCAUGGGAAAGGGAUGGAGUGGUCUUAUUCUUUCUUUUCUAAUGGAGCCGGAAACCACACGGCAUAUCAGUCGCAAAACAUUUUAGCCCAAAUAAGUAUGGCCACAAGUUUGUAUAUGAAUGGAAUAAAAUAUUUUUGAAUUAGUAUAGAAAUAAAUAUUGUAUAUACAUUUUUUUUUCUGUUGUUAAUAA